GGCCCGUACAGCCCCGCCCCUCCCGGCGCCCAAGCCCCGCCCCGCCGGGUUCCCGCUCGCCGGGCGCCAUGGAUCCGCUGUCACCGCCGCUCUGCACGCUGCCACCGGGCCCCGAGCCGCCCCGCUUCGUGUGCUACUGCGAAGGGGAGGGAAGCGGGGAGGGGGACCGCGGCGGCUUCAACCUCUACGUGACCGACGCCGCGGAGCUUUGGAGCACCUGCUUCACGCCGGACAGCCUGGCAGCCCUCAAAGCCCGUUUUGGUCUGAGUGCGGCUGAGGACAUCACCCCCCGGUUCAGGGCAGCCUGUGAGCAGCAAGCUGUGGCUCUGACCCUGCAGGAGGACAGAGCAUCCCUGACCCUUUCAGGGGGCCCCUCGGCACUGGCCUUUGACCUCUCCAAGGUACCAGGCCCAGAGGCAGCCUCCAGACUGCAGGCGCUGACACUGGGCCUGGCAAAACGUGUGUGGAGCCUGGAGCGGCGACUGGCAGCUGCAGAAGAGACAGCUGCCAGCCCCAGGAAGAGUCCCCGGCCUGCAGGGCCUCAGCUCUUCUUACCAGACCCAGAUACCCAGAGAGGUGGCCCUGGACCUGGGGUCAGGAGGCGGUGUCCAGGAGAGUCGCUCAUCAACCCUGGGUUCAAGAGAAACCAGCUGGUGGCGUGGACUUUGAUGAGACCUGAAGGUGCAGCACAAGUGUGGCCCCACGGGGAGUCUGCCUGUGAGGGGACAGGCAGUCUUCGAGGCCCUCAUCAGAGACCCCCCACCACCACCUCCACCUGGCUGUCCUGGGCCAGGACUAAGGCAGUUCCUCAAGUUCCUUUCCUGUCAAAUAAACGGCUCCCUCUGUUGGAGGCUGUGGUGGGGCUCUGACUCCUGGCACUGGCCUGGGAAGGGAUCAGGGAUGCCCCUGGGCCUGCACUCUGGGUGUGGGGCCACAGGAUGUGAACAGAUGCUGCAGCAUCUCAGUUCCCUGGAGACUUCCUUGCUGGGCCGGAGGGAGGUGAGCACUCUCAGACCGUCCAGCUAUUCCAGCCCUGCCAGCCCAGGAGCUGAGAGGGGCCCAGCCAGGCAGGGCCAGGGCUCCCCAAGGCUUAGAACUUUGUUCCCACCCUCUCAGGCCGCACCCAGGCAGGGCACGGAGCCCCGCAGGAGGAUGCACACAGGAGAAGGCCUGUGCAGACCCUGAGAUGCUAUGGAAGUGCCCUGCGGGGAGGGGAGUGCCUGCCCCCGGACAGGACAGGAUUGAGGAAUGUACCAGCCCCCAUCCACCUGGGGCACCCCGCCCCACCCCGGCCUGACUGGUUUGGGAGCCCAAUCCAGUCCUGGAGAUCCCUGAGGCCACCGGUUGCAGGAGACCUGGAGUUUCUUAACAUGGAGGAUGGGACCCGCCCGACCCCGGCUCUACUGCCCCUGUGGUUCUGGGCUCACAGGCUGAGCGUCCCAUCCUGGGGUUUGGGGAUGGGAAGUGAUCACGAGACUCCUCAGAUGUCACGACACCCUCACUGCUGACAAAGAUGCCUUUAUUGGGCGACAGAUGCGGGGUGGGGCGCUAGCGGGGGUGCACGGCGGGCCGAUAGGCCGCCAGGAUCUCGGCGCUGUGCGGACAUGUGUAUUUGAACUCCUUCUCCUGCAGCGCGCUGUCCAGGUAGCGGCGGACGCCACGCAGCCCCGCGGGGAUGGGCGCCUGGCGGAAGUGCGCGCACACCGUCUGCGGGCAGGAUCGCGGGGCUCGGUCAGGACCUGCCGUCCCCCAGCGCGCCGGGAUUGCCCGCCCGCCCUCCCUCCGCGCUCACGUCGACGAUGUGCAGCUUGGGCAGUAGGCUGCAGUCGGCCAGCGUGAGCCGGUCGCCGUCCAGGAAGCGGCGGCGGGACUCGCGCAGCUGCGGCUCCAGCGCCAGCUCGUGCUCCAGGGGCGCGCGCAGGUAGCUGUCCAGCCUGGCGAGGGCGCGCAGCAGCUGCUGGUACAGGGCUAGGGGCGGGCGGCGAGGUGAGGACCCGGCCCAGGAUGCCCUCCCGCCUGGGCAUCCAACCCCCUGACCCCGCUUCACCUUCGUCCUGCGCGGGCACCGGGUUCUUGAUGAACGCGGAGAACUUGUGGAAAACAUCGUUGCCAGCGGUGUUGGACUCCCUGUAACGAGGCGCCAGGCUGGGGAAGCUGCGGGAUGAGGGGGUGAGAGACUCCAUCAGAAUGGGGGCAGCCCCGUCCCGGCCCCACAGUACCCCACAGCGCCUUCCUGGGCUCUGUCCUGUGCGCGUCCUCCCUGGGCGCCCCCUCUUCCCCUCCCACUCUGCUCAGGCUCUCACUCGGGCGGCCCCAGCGUCUCCUCCAGAAAGUCCUCGAUCUGCAGCGUGUCUGUCUUGGCAUCGCUGUCAUAAAGCAGGAUGGGCAGCUGCGAGCCGGGGGCGAAGUCCUUCAGCACGUCCGGGGACCUGUGGGCAGCAGCAGGGUGGGAGGAGGCCGGCCCACCAGUGUGUGAGGCCAGGCAGGGGCCCCCAGGGUGGCGCCUCACCUGCGCGUGUCCACCGUGGUAAGGGUGAAGGGUACGCCCUUGAGGAGCAGGACCAUGAAGAGCCGCUGGCAGGAGGGGCAGUGACCUACACUCUCCCCGUCCUCACUCGCCUGGGUGGGUGGAGCGGCGGGCAGUGGGGGGGGAGGUCAGGGCUGGGAGCAGACCCAGGCAUCCUGCCACCAGGCUGGGUGGGCCCCGCCUCCCACUGCCAGCGGGACUGGAGGGACGCCAGAGCUCCAGCUUGGUCGGCGCGACUUCCAAGUACCCAGUAAGGGCCCUCGACUUGGUCCCCAGGACAUGGGGAGGGACGCAGAGCUGCUGGCAGCCUUGAGGCCUGGAGCGGGCUUGGCCGCUGGAAUCCUAUCAGAGCCUGGACAGGCCAGGCCCCUGGGCUCAGUCCCCAAAAGCUGGUUGCAGGGGUGGGGUGGGCCCCACAAGCUGUUUUGUGAGUGAUUCACACACGAGACGGCGCUGUGGCCAGCAGCACACCAGCCCCCACACGCCAGUCCCCGACCUGAGAGCUGAUGGGGCUGCCUGGCCCAGCACCCCCAAUCCUGGAACACUGACCUUAAGCUCCACCGCUGGCAGCCUGGUUGGUACCUCCCCACCAAGGGGCUCUCCUCCGGAAGACUGGGCUGGGCCCAGGAGCCAAGGCUGGGAGCAGGACCAGGGCCACUGGACCCCUCUCUGGGUGACUUUCUGGGUCCUACUUUACUCAGCCUCUGUAGGGCUGCCCGACUCCCCUUAGCCACCCACAGGAAGGGGCUCAGACAUUACUGGGACCAUCCCACAGCCUG